AUGGCGACCGAAAAGAUUAGCCUGUACAAUCUCGCCGACCUCAAGAACACCUCCGACGACGCCAUCCCCAACUACCUCAACUCCCUCAAGUUCAAGCAGUCCCACUUCCUCACCGACGUGCGCCUCGCGCUCGGCUACACGGGCUUCGCCCUCGCCGCCGCCUGCUUCCUGUGGGACUACAAGCUGGGCUUCGAGAGCACCAAGACGUACACGGCCGUCGCCGUCGCCGUCUACACCCUCAUCAAUGGCGCCCUGACGUUCUGGAUGUCCGAGGUGGAGAAGGGCACCGUCUACCAGGGCGCCGCGCCGUCAGGCGAAAAGGUCACCAUCAAGAGCGCGACAAAGAAAAACGACCCCACGUACCGCCUCACCAUCACCGUCGAGCCCAAGAACGCCACCCCCGAGGUCGUCGAGCUGAGCAAGCCCUUCGCGACCUUCUUCGACGAGACGGGCCGCUUCGUUGCGCAGCCCUUCCAGGAGGCCCUCGCCUCGGCAGUGCCCGCCAUCGGCCGCCGGGACCCCAAGCGCGUCAAGCUCGCCUCCCAAGCCAUGCUCGACGCGAACCCGGACCUGCUGGACGCGGUGCUGGCAGCCAACAGCGCCCAGGCGGAGGGCGAGAAGUCGGGUGCUGCGACAGGCGCCGAGCCCGCAGAGAAGAAGGGCGGAAAGAGGCGCAAGGCUUAA